CUCGGAAGAUGAGGUGGAUGUGCUCUUACAUGGCACUCCUGACCAGAAGCGGAAGCUGAUACGGGAGUGCCUGACUGGGGAGAGCGAGUCCUCCAGUGACGAUGAGUUCCAAAAGGAGAUGGAAGCGGAACUGAACACCACCAUGAGGACUAUGGAAGACAAAUGGCAAUCGCCAGAAAUGGGUACAUCCUCCAGUACUGGGCAGACUGGACCCGCCACCGCUUCAAAAUACUAUGAUGAUAUUUACUUUGAUUCUGAUUCAGAGGAUGAAGAUAAAAUAGUUACACAGGACAUCCGGAAAAACAGAAAACAUCAGCAACGUCGGAUUCUUUCCAACGAUGAACUGCUGUAUGACCCAGAGGAAGACAGUAGAGACCAAGAGUGGGUAGACUCACAGAGGAGGGGGUACCGUAAUCAAAGAAGGGUGCUGCAGCAGCAGCAAAAACCUACAGCUGUUCCAAAUAGUGAUGCUGUUUUGAAUUGCCCUGCUUGCAUGACAACGUUAUGCCUGGACUGCCAGAGACAUGAAUCUUACAAAACGCAGUACAGAGCCAUGUUUGUGAUGAACUGUGUUGUUAAUAAAGAGGAAAUUCUGAAAUACAGGAAGAAGCCAAAGAAAAGAAAUAAGAAAAUGAAGCACAGCAAAGAAACUGCCUCUGUACAGUCAAAUCAAGAAGAGGAGGAGGUGUAUCAUCCAGUAUUGUGUACUGAAUGCUCAACUGAAGUGGCAGUAAUGGAUAAAGAUGAAGUUUUUCACUUCUUCAAUGUUCUAGCCAGCCACUGCUAAUGUGCAAAAGCAGAGGGAAAAAAUCCUGCACUGCUUUAAGACUAUGUCAGAAAUGCAGGCAUGUUAGCCUUUUUUAAGUAUGGUCUUCUAAAUGUACAUUUUCAUCAGAGAACUUCUAAACUUUGUGCAAAGUUUACGAAGGAAAUACAGUUCCCAGAGUGCAUUUGAAAGUGAUACUCUUUCACUCCGUCAGGUGGUCCAUCAUUGGGGAUUUAAAAUUUUGUAAAUAUAAUGUAAGUUCUGUGUAUUGUGAUCAUUCCCUGUAUAUAUACUAUCCAUUAGCUCAGUAUGUGUUAGAACUGCUGCUUAAAAUAAAUACUGUAUAGUAACU